GAUACUGCAAUGGUGCUCUUGAAGCUCCUAACUGCAUUCCUCCUCGUUUCGAUGUCUGGCAGACCAAGCCAUGCUUCGCCCAAUGCGUGAGCAACUGUAACAACGUCGGUGUGACUGAGUGUUCUACCAGAUACAAGUCAGUUGUGAAUCUCAGAAUGAGUGUUGAGCCAUCUGUUUCAGAUGCUGUAUGGCUGUCACUGGAUUCAACACUACCUACAA